AAAAGUUGUGCACUAUGCUAGAAAAUGUAGGGCUGAAAGAUACAAAAAAUAUGUUGGUGGACGAACAAGUUGCAAUGUUUCUACAUAUUAUCGCCCACCAUGUGAAGAAUAGGGUCAUAAAACAAAUGUUUCAACGUUCAGGGGGAACUAUUAGUAGGCAUUUUACUAAUGUGCUACAUGCCGUAAUACGUCUGCAUGAUGUUUUAAUCCAAAAACCCAAUCCAGUGCCGAUAGACUCAACAGACACGAGGUGGAAAUGGUUCAAGAAUUGUCUUGGAGCUUUAGAUGGGACUUAUAUAAGAGUGAGAGUAGCUCUGGAGAACAAAUCUAGGUAUAGGACACGAAAAGGUGACAUUGCAACAAAUGUCUUGGGUGUAUGUUCUCAAAACAUGCAAUUUAUAUACAUACGACCUGGGUGGGAAGGGUCAACAGCUGAUAGUAGAGUACUUCGAGAAGCAAUAACCAGAAGAAAUGGAUUAAAAGUCCCCCGUGGUAAGUUAUAAUUUGUAUAAUAUUAGCUUUUAGCAACUCAAGUUUUUUAAUAUUUACAUAGUUGAUAUGUCCAACCAUAGGUUACUAUUAUCUUGUUGAUGCGGGAUACACAAAUUGUGAUGGUUUCCUUGCACCAUAUAGAGGCCAACGUUAUCACUUGAAUGAAUGGAGAGACAGACACCAACCGACAACUGCACGGGAGUUUUUCAAUAUGAAACACGCAUCUGCUAGAAAUGUUAUCGAGCGAUGUUUCGGGUUACUUAAAUUAAGAUGGACGAUCUU